UCUUCCUCCUCUCCAUGGCUAGCCUCUCUUCUUUUCUUCUGUUUGAUUUGUAUGCUUUGUCCCGUGAUAUUGAUCCGGUUCUAAUCUAUACUCCUGCUGUAUCCCAUGGAGAAUUGAACUUGAUCAUUUUGGUAUCCGCGCUUGUCAUUUUGAACUCUUCCUGCAUGCUGCAAUUCACCCAUUUUUCUAUGAAUACUUUGCUUUAGUCUAUGUUCUCUUGGGGGCAUCGAUCGACCACCCUCUGCUUUGGACGCUUCCAAGGCCAAAACGGCUGCCUCGGGGAAUCAGUGUGGUCUCCUCCCCCCUUCUUGGUUUUGGCGUGUAAUUGGACAGACAAUUACACCAAAUAAAAAGUGCAGCCUCGUUUGUUUGUUCCUGUUGUACACUUGUAUAUCAAACUUUUUUUUUCUCAAAAGUUCCAAUUUUUAUGUUAAAUACAGUUCCUAGAGCCUGCCUCACCUUACCACUUGCUGGAUGGUUCCAAAGAGCUGUUAAACCCAGCUCUAUGCUGUUUCAUGACAGCUUUGGUUUGAGCUGCUUAGUCUAUUCAAUUUGGAACUUUUCCUAAUUACUUGGAAAAGGCUGGUCAAACUCCAUCGCCUUCUAUACCUUGAGCUUGCCAACAUAAUUUACAAGAUCUAUUGCACGCAUACACACUUCCCUUUUCUCGACGAAAAAAGGCGAUAUCUUGUCUCAAGGAAUCCUAUUUCCAUCUGUAUCUAGGCCUUUUGGCUUCAUACAUUUGGUUGCCAUUCCAACUAUAUGAUCGGACUUUCUUUGCAACAGCAGCUUAGUUCUUGCGAGGAAUUAGGAUGCAGGUUGGUACGAUAUGCUUGCUAGUGUGCUAGCAAAUGUGAUUUCCACGGGUAGUCAUGUCAUGUCCAUAUCACAUUGUUUUGAGGAGUUUACUUUCUGCGGUUUCCUUUCGUUAUCAUUGGUUUGUUGAAAUUUUCUGAAACUUCUUGUUUUUGUGCCGUGGCCGUGGCAGCAGCACUAGCAUCGCCCCAGUUGGAACUUCCAAUGGCUGCUUUAAAUUUCUUCAGGUCAACUUCUACUAUUCCAUUGAAUUGAUUGCAUCAAAGAAGACCAGGACACCUAUUUCUUUAUUUUUAUUCAAAUAAAUAUAUUUCUUUCUUUCAAGGUAUAGAUUCUUCCUUCUUAUAAGUGGGGUACACAUGCUUUGCUAUCGUCUGCGUGAUCGCGACACAAAUUUUGUAUGGUUGUUCCAUUUGGUGUUUUGUCUAUGAAUGCUCAAAUAAUUACCAAUAUAUUUGGUAUUCGAGGGAAUGGGUUUUCCUUUUUGAAAUCAGUCCUUGGUUGUUCCUUUCUUUUCUGAUAGGUUGGUCCUAUUUAAAUAGUAUACUCCUGGACAGUUGUUGCUUGUCCUGUUUCUUAGUUUGGCUUUGAACAACUUUUGCUGGCUGUGUUUCAGAACAACAAGCCUUGGAUUGUUUUCACCAUGGAAACAAGGAAACUUCCAUCUGCCUGACUUAUUCUUGGGACACUUCUUCAGGAAUUAGAUUAGGUCUCCUAGCUGCUAAGUAAUUGCUUUGGCACAAGAGCCAUUCAUUUGAUGCUUGAAGAAGAAGCUGGGCUCAGAAAAUGGACCAGAAAACCAACAGGAGGAAGAAGUCUCCCUUUGGAAGGAUUCGUGCUAUGAAGGGCAGGAAUUCUUCAUCGAGGCACGGUGCUGAGCACUCUAUGAACACUACAGUUGAUUUGAGAGAGAGUCCAGAGCACUCACCGGUGGCUUCGCCUUCAGCAUCAUCUUCAUCCUUCUUCAAAAGUACAAGCCUCAAAUUCAGCAAUUUCAGUUCUCCUGCAUCAACCAGCACGCAUAUUGAGUCUUUUAGGGUAUUUGCAGCAACAUGGAACGUCGCCGGAAAGACUCCAGAUAUGGAGCUGAAUCUGAAUGACUUCCUGCCUUCUGAUGACCAUUCAGAUGUUUAUGUUCUAGGAUUCCAAGAGGUCGUCCCUCUCAACGCCGGGAACGUGCUUGUGAUCGAGGACAACGAGCCGGCGUCGAGAUGGCUCGCGCUCAUCAACCAGGCGCUCAACCGGACUUCGUCGUCGCCGCCGGCUAGCCGGUCCUUCAGCCAGUCCGCCUCUCCCGCUUCGGCACUCCACACGGCGAGCUCCAGCCCGCUCGACCCAUCGCUGUUUCACAAGAACGGGUCCUCCCCCAGAGAGGUUCGCCGCGCCGCCAUCACCCGCGGCCGCCGGCUCAAGUCGUGCACUUGCCCCGCGGAGAGGCCGCCCCGGCGCCGGCCGUACUCCAAAUCGUCGUCGUCCUGCCUGAUGAUGCGCUGCGGCAGCAGCAAAAACCGGCGCCGGUAUGCUGUCGAGGGCGACACGACGACGUCAGACGAGGAGGACAUGGACGUCGUCGUGGACGGCGGUGGGGAGGCAUCGUCCAUGGCGUCCGACGCCACGCUGUUGCUGCGGCCGGCGGCGGCGAACCUGCAGAGGAGGUACUGCCUGGUGGCGUGCAAGCAGAUGGUGGGUCUCUUCGCAACGGUGUGGGCGCGGCGGGAGCUGGUGGCGCACAUCGGCCACGUCCGGCUCAGCUGCGUCGGCCGCGGCAUCAUGGGCCGCCUUGGCAACAAAGGGUGCAUCUCCGUGAGCAUGUCGCUGCACCAGACGUCCCUCUGCUUCGUGUGCAGCCACCUCGCCUCUGGCGAGAAGGACGGCGACGAGCUCCGCCGCAACUCCGACGUCGUCGAGAUCCUCAAGAACACCCAGUUCCGCCGCGUCUGCAAGCGCUCCGGCCGGCGCAUCCCGGAACGAAUCCUCGACCACGAUCGCGUGAUCUGGCUCGGCGACCUGAAUUACCGGAUCGCGCUGAGCUACGCGGAGGCGAAGAAGUUGGUGGAUGCCGGCGACUGGGCGGCGCUGUUCGAGAAGGAUCAGCUCAAGACGGAGAGGGAGGGCGGGGUGUUCCGCGGGUGGAGCGAGGCCGUCAUCUCCUUCGCGCCGACGUACAAGUACUCGUGGAACUCCGACAGCUACUACGUCGGCGAGGACGACGACGGCGCGGCGUCGAAGAAGAAGACGAAGCGGAGGACGCCGGCGUGGUGCGACCGGAUCCUUUGGCGCGGCGACGGGAUCGUGCAGGUGGCGUACGUCCGCGGGGAGUCCAAGUUCUCCGACCACCGCCCCGUGUGCGGCGCAUUCAUCGUCGACAUCGCCGUCCUCGACGGCGCGGCCAAGAUGGUGAAGCUCGUCGCGGCAACGGCCAGCAUGAAGGUCGGAGCGGAGGAGCUCCUCCUACCUCGGCAAACGUAGCUAGCAUCGGCCAUCGAUUUGCGGGAGUUGGUACCAAGAAGCUCAUCGCAUCUCGUUGCGUACGCCACUGAUAAUCUAAGUAGAAGAUAGCUCGGCGCGUACUGAUGCGUGAACCGCUGUUGUUUCUUCGUGCUUUCGAUUCAGUUCUGACGCCAAAUGCUAAAGAAACUAAAUCGCUCUCUCUGACCCCAAAUGUUAGACUAAAUCACUCAGCUCUAAUCUGCAUCUCUGAAUUGAAUGUGUGUAACUAGUUUACAGAAAACAAUUUCAUAUAUUAAUUAUACAAGAAAAACCCAAUUUUGGGAGACUAUUCUCUUAAAA